CUCAGCAGCAUGUCGCUGACUGCCGACCAGUACCCUCAGAAACCACCACAGCGCAAAUCGCUUUUCCGCAGCAGCUUGCUGUCUUUCUUGUCUCAAUCAUCGGGAGAACGGUCUCCGCCUGUGGCACCGCCCGCAUCGGAGGAAAGCAGUUUCAUGCUUCCCGCCAAACGAUCUCUAGUGAAUUUUGGAUGGAUUUCAGCUUCGGCUUCCACCAUAUCGCAGCCCGCCAUGCAGACUGCGGCCUACUCAGCACCGUAUCCGAGCAGCAGCCAGUGCUCGCUCAGUCACGGCAACAGCACCUCGGGAGGUCAGCGUAUAAAGGGCUCGCUUGGCCGGGUUUGGGGAAAGCUGAGCAGCAUGCAGCUCAUGAACAGUUGCCGGAUCGACAGCCUCGUUUCUGGAAGUACCCGACCGUCUGUAGCCGAUGAAGCGGCCGCUAGCGAGGCUGCGGAAGAAGUUGAAAACUCUCAAAAUGAGAUCAUACAGCUUGUGAGGAAGGAUUUACAUGGACGAGAUCUGAAGAUCGAGGACUUCGUCUUCUUCGGAACCGUGGGAACCGGCUCAUUUGGGCGCGUCUGUAUCGUGGAUAUCAAGGGGUCUCAAAGCUGGUAUCCGGCAAUGGCACUCAAGAUUCUCAGUAAACACAAGGUUGUCACCAUGAAACAAGUGGAGCAUGUAAAGGAUGAGAGGCGGAUCUUGUCUCAGAUCAGCCAUCCAUUCAUCGUGAAUCUGCUUGCAUCGUUUCAAGAUGAGAAGCGUCUGUUUUUGCUAAUGGAGUAUGUGAACGGGGGCGAGCUGUUCAGCUACCUGAGGAAACAGACCUUCAUGCCGACAGACCAGGCGCGGUUAUACGCCGCGGAGAUAACGCUGGCUUUCCAGUAUCUGCAUGAACGGAGCAUUGUGUACAGAGACUUGAAACCCGAGAAUCUUUUGAUUGAUGCCCAGGGGCACAUCAAGAUCACGGAUUUUGGGUUUGCCAAGGUUGUUACUGGCAGGACGUGGACCCUUUGUGGCACACAUGAGUACUUGGCGCCUGAAUCCAUCACGCGGCGCGGUCAUGGGCUGCAGGUUGAUUGGUGGGCUCUCGGAAUUCUACUCUUUGAAAUGCUGGCGGGGCGCCCGCCUUUUGUCGAUGACACUCCAUUGGGCAUCUACAAGAAAAUCAUUGCUGGCAAGAUCGAGUUUCCUCCGCUGUUCGACUGUGCGGCGAAGUCGUUGGUGAAGCGUCUUUUAAUCCAUGAGCCAAAUAAGAGAUAUGGGUGUCUGCGAGACGGUGCCGAAGACGUAAAGAAUCACAAAUUUUUUAGAGGCAUCGACUGGAACUUGUGUUACCAGAGGAAAAUUCGUCCGCUCUACAAGCCGAACAUCCGGGGCCCGCGCGACAGUAGCAUGUUCGACACAUAUGCGGAAUCAACAGAGUCUUCUGCUCCUGUCAUUGACGCCGCUACGCAACAGGCGCUGUUUCAUAACUUUUGA